AUGGUUGAGUUGUUGAGUGGAUGCAUCCCGGGACGUUGCCAGAAACGUCCUCAACAACCACCAAGCAUGUCUUCACUAGAAAGAGACGAAGCGACACCAACACAUCAACUUAUCCGUACAACCAUGCCAUCAUCUACGCCCAAGUCCACCAUCCCCUUGUUCGAUUUCCCUCCGGAACUCCUGAUCCAUAUCCUCUCAUUCCUACCUACGAGGUCCCUUCUCGCAUUCUCGCGGACCUCGCGCCGCGCCCACACUAUCGCCAUAUCGAGCCUGCACACUCUAAGGCUGGGGAUCCAUCCGAGCAGGGUGUCCGGCAUCAUUAGCAUGCUAGGCGCGACGCUGUGUCCGAUUCCGAAGACGGUGGAGUCGGCAUUCGACACCACAUCUGGCAGCAAAUCUGCAUCUUCACGGCGUGGUUCUGCAUCGUCGUCCAGGAUUCCGGAAUGGGAAAGGAGACGAGACUCCGCGUUCGAGUCUAUCCCCGUGCUGACUCUGCCGGUUACAUUUCCUCCGAACCGCGAUGACUAUAGCGACGAUAAAGACGACCCGUAUAAAGUGGCGGUGCUCAUACCGUUCGCCGCCUCCCAUUCAAGCGACAUUCUUCUACGCUUCCACACCGCGCUGACGUGGUCCAUCCUUACCCGUCACGGCGCCGCGCUCACCACGCUCGACUUGACACUCUGGAUCAUGACGGCUCCGGUCGCUGCGGGUAUUGCUGCCCUCCCGGCCUUGCGCACACUAUCUCUCCGCACGGAGGGUAACCCACAUGUCCGCGCCAUGCCCAGGGAACGUGCCAUUCAGCAGAGGAAGGAGCAGCAGGACGCGUGGAUGCUGCUGGCCGGUACGGCGAGGUGGAGAGGUCGAGUGAGAGCUGUGAAAAUCGAGGGUGCGAUUGGAUUCGGGGUGGAGCAGUUGGGGGAGUUGCUGGCGGGCGCAAGGAAUUGUAGGGAGCUUUGGCUUUGUAAGUGUGUUGAUUUGGGCGUCGAGGGUUGGAGGUGGAUUGGGGAGGAGUGGGAGGAAAGGAAGGGGUUGGAGGUUCUGGGGGUUAUCGGAGAAAAUGGGAAUGGGAAUAGGGUUGGAGGAGAGAUGAAUGAGGAGGCGUUGGGUUGGAUUGGUGGAUUGACGGGACUGAGGUUUUUGUGUUUGCUGGGUUGUGUUGGAGUUGAGAGUCAGAGGAUCGAGGAGGUGAAUAGGAGAGUGUGGGGGAUUCAGGAGGUCAUUCCUCCCGUACAGUACAAAGUGGUUGCUCGUACGCAGAACAAUGUCAUCGAGGUGGACCCGUCGUAUAUAGGCGAUGAUGGCGAUGAUGGCGAUGAUGGCGAUGACGGCGAUGACGGUUUUGCAUUGCCGAGAUUGGUGAGUUAG